AUGCGACCUCUCAUCGGAGGAGAGAUGAAACCCAAAUACUGGUCGGCCAUAAUCGUACUCUCACGAGAUAGCGUGUGCGUGUGCGCAAGUGUUUGCCAAGCUCGACAUGAGCAGACGAUUUGCAAUUCUAGCCUCCGUCUCACGUCAGUACAUGUGUCCGUCUCUGUCUCAAACGCCUCCUCCUGCAGCCUCCUCCUGCAGCCUCCUCCUGCACGUCAACAGCACGACCUGCAGCAGACUGGACUCAUUGUACCGUGGAAAGGGAGAGAUGGAUAG